UAAAAGGGAAGUAACCGUUUCAGUAGAGCAACGAGCCACACAGAGAGAGAGACAGAGAGAGGAGGAUAGAGCUUCUCACCAUGCUGUAGAGCAUCCAUGACUCUAAUCUAGUUUAUAAAGGAUCCUGAUAGGAACUGGGAGAGAGAAAUGUGUUUUAUAUUCUCAAAGAUUUAACUCAGUGUGUUAUUUUGGAUUAUGCAUAUCUGUGUUUUCCACAGCACUGAAUCUGGAUGCAGGAUCUAACCAGCCCAGAACUGCAGCAAGUCAGCUGGUUUUAUCCAUUUACCCCAUAUGGCUUUUUCCUCCCUUUUUAUCUUCUAUUUGUUUGAAUUUCGAAGAUGAGCAAGAGGCAGUCGGUCAGCUGCACAGUGAGCACAGGGGAGCAGGAGGACACACAGAACAGUACAGGCAUUUUGAAAUAGAACUAUAAAAGGAGGAGAGGAAGAGGAGGAGGAAGAGUUGUGGUGUUCCCUGCUCAGUGCCUAACAGUAACAUGGCUGUGAUACAGAAGAGGGAACACAGGGAGACCCCCAGCAAGAAGAUUGCACCCCAAGAAGACAGAAAGGGUCUUUCUACCAGAGAUACUCUAGACAAGCAGAAAAAGGAGAGCAGAGCCGGGAGACAGAGAGAAAAAGGCAAUGAAGACACAAAGCCCAAUAAUUCAGAGAAGAGGAGAGCAGUCAUCUGUGUCCCUGCCUCCAUCAAAUCAGCUGUGAUCAGUAACAACACAACCAGUCAUGCAGCAGGGCCACAGGCGCUGAAGGUUGAUGACAGGCUGAGACGAGCGAAGGAGCGGAGGGAGGAGCAUGAAAAUCAGCUUGUGUCCAGAGAGCUGGGCUGGUUGGCUCGAGAGGAGCGGGCCAGGCGUCUUUAUGAGCAGCAGCUGGAGGUGAGGAAGAGGAGGCUACAGGAACAGAGAGAGAAGGAGGAGAAGCGAAGGACAGCUCUUGAGCGGAGGGAGGAGCUUAAGAAACAGCUUGUGUCCAGAGAGCUGGGCCGGUUGGCUCGAGAGGAGCGGGCUAGGCGUCUCCAUGAACAGCACCUGGAGGAGAGGAAGAGGAGGCUGCAGGAGCAGAGAGAGAAGGAGGAGAGGAGGCGCACUGCCGUGGAGGAGAAGAGGAGGCAGAGGAUGAAGGAGGAGACAGAGCGCUAUGAGUCUGUGGUGAAGAAGACCUUAGAGAAGUGCCAGAGGGCCAAACAGAGACUGAGCCAGGGCUCUCGAGGAAGGAAGACCAACAACAAGAGCGUUCCUCGCAGCUCUCCCCUGACUGCCUGGGAGAGGGCUCUGGUCUGUCGCCUCCUAACCCCUACAUGCUCCUACCUAGCCAGGAGAAGGAGUCAUAGUUGUCAGUCAAGAGAAGAGGAAGUUGUCCAUGUUUGUCCCCGUUCAGCUUCAUGCCACUCCAUACCUGCCACUGCCACCAACUGUCAUAAAUCACCACACCGCUCUGGCACAUCUGACCACCACCGGGUGCAGGCAGGCCUCCAGGCAGACUACCGCUCUGGCACAUCUGACCACCACCGGGUGCAGGCAGGCCUCCAGGCAGACUACCGCUCUGGCACAUCUGACCACCACCGGGUGCAGGCAGGCCUCCAGGCAGACUACCGCUCUGGCACACCUGACCACCACCGGGUGCAGGCAGGCCUCCAGGCAGACUACCGCUCUGGCACAUCUCACCACCACCGGGUGCAGGCAGGCCUCCAGGCAGACUACCGCUCUGGCACAUCUGACCACCACCGGGUGCAGGCAGGCCACAGGCAGACUACCGCUCUGGCAAAUCUGACCACCACCGGUGCAGGCAGGCCUCCAGGCAGACUACCAGUCUAUCAUCUGGCAAACCACCACCGGGCAGAACCCUCUGACACACCUGACCACCACCGGGCACAGUCAGACUUCCAGGCAAAUCUCCGGGCAGACUACCAGUCUAUCAUCUGGGCAAACUACCAGUUAAAAGCAGCACAGCAGAAGGAGAGUGAGAGGACGUUCAGGAGGAAUAGACAGCAGCCUCACAUACCCAAUGCUCCUGUGAAAGUGUUACCCACAAACAUACAGAGCAGAGAUGCAGUGCCCUCUCCAGAACGUAAACCUGUGAUCAGACACAAACCUGUGAUCAGACAGCCUCCAUCACAGCAGGUUGGGCUGGAACUGUACCCUGUUCCGGAGGAGGAUGGUCCUCCAGUCUCCAACCAAACCCUCUCCCCUGGGAACUCACGGCCCAGCCAGACCAUCUCUCCUUGGGCUUCAGUCUCCAAUCACACCCUCUCCCCUGGGAACUCACGGCCUAGCCAGACCAUCUCUCCUUGGGCUUCAGUCUCCAAUCACACCCUCUCCCCUGGGAACUCACGGCCUAGCCAGACCAUCUCUCCUUGGGCUUCAGUCUCCAAUCACACCCUCUCCCCUGGGAACUCACGGCCUAGCCAGACCAUCUCUCCUUGGGCUGCAGUCUCCAAUCACACCCUCUCCCCUGGGAACUCACGGCCUAGCCAGACCAUCUCUCCUUGGGCUCCAGUCUCCAAUCAUACCCUCUCCCCCGGGAACUCACAACCAAUCAGCAUCUCAGCAGCAGCAUGGGACCAGGUCCAACCAUUCGUAGGCUCAGCAGAACCUCAGACAGUCCCCACACCUAGAACUGAGGGCGAUACAGGCCCCCUUUCUGGAGCCCCCUCCUGCACCAGGCCGUCUGCUGGCACCAUGGAUCCAGAGGAGGCCUCAUGUCUUCUGGCCGAGAAGAGAAGAGAGGCCCGUCUGAAGAGAGAGAGAGAGCAGGAGGAAUGCCUGCGCAGGGAGGAGAUAGAGAGAGGCAGAGCGGAGCUGGAGCGCAGGAGGUCAGAGGAGCGAGCACGGCUCGAGGCUGAGGCCCAGUGGCUAGUAGUGGAGAGGAGGGAGGAAGAGGAGCAGAGACAUGCAGAGGAGGAGAGAGUCAUCCGGGCCACACAGGAAGCUGCUCUCCUCCAGAAACAGAGAGAGGAGGAGGAGGCCCAGGCCAGGGACAAGGCAGAGCAGCAAAGGCUGCAGAGAGAGAAGCACUUCCAGAAGGAGGAGGAACAACGGCAGGAGAGGAAAAAGCGACUGGAGUUGAUCAUGAGGAGGACUAGGAAGACCUCAACUGAAGAUAAAAAAACGCCUGUCCUGAAUGGGAAGACAAACAGAAACCCCUCUCCAGAGGAAGCACAACCAAAAAAGAACACUGAGCCUGUGAAGAACAGCAACGGCACUUUAGAAGAGGUCAUCAACCUAGGGGUCGGGACGGGGACCAAGCCAUCCAAUCUAGGUCUGAGUGGCGUGGAAGACAACAUGGUUCCUGUCGUGGCCUUCAAAGAACGCAGGUCCCUGCUAACUCUGACCGGCAUGGAGGAGAUCCAGUCCCAUCAGAGGGCAGAAGUUAUCUGAGUAUCGUACAGAUCAGAGAGGGGAGACAGCACAUCCACAAAUCUUUCCACAGCUGUGGCGUUUUUUCCUUUUUUUUGACAAAGGAAUAACUGCAGCCUUUUUCCUGCCCUGCACUUUUAGAGAGCGUAUGUGAUGAGAAACACACAUUUCUCUGGAGGACUUUCUGAUCUCGAAGGAGCUUACCACCAUUUGGUCACACUUCUCUUUAAUCCAAAAUGUCACGAGCUGCAUUUGUCAUCACCAUGUACAACACUAGACAGGGGAGCUUGUUUGUCAUUGCAACAACUCUGAACAAUGUUUUAUCUAGACUGUAAAUGAGGGUCCAUGCCUCAUAGCUGCAGAUUUAAACUGAUUAAAUGAGUAGUUUGAUAUGAUGGGUGUUAAGAUACGCAAUUUACUCAUAAAAAUAUGUAUUCUGUCUAUACAUUUUUAACUGUAUUGGCACUGAAUGUCUCCCAAUCAUGUCUGAUGUUUUUAGCCAUGUGCUUUAGCUUUUCCUAACGAUGCUGCUAUUUGAGCACUUUGCCUUCCAGUUAACAGGAUAGUGGUGUGCUAGUUUCAGAGCAAAAGCUUUUGUUUUGAGUUCAUAUAAAGGCCACUUUCUGACUAUAAUCUUAUAAUAUUUUUCAAAGCUGCUAUGGAACUUGUGUGGUUUGUCAUUUUAGAGAACUAUACUCACUUGAGGGUGGACCACUUCCAAAAGUAUUUUGGCAGUUCCUUACUUGGAAAUUGUGCAAUCAUUUUAGAAAACAAAUAAGAGUCUGAAGUGUAAAAUGUAAGUCUGUCUUUUAAAGUGUAAAAACAAAUAAAGCAAUGCACUGAUAAAACUAUGUGAUCUGGUAUGAGUAGGUUGUCACUUGUUUCAUACACUGCACUCCUGCCCACGUACAGCGCAUUCAGAAAGUAUUCAGAUCCCUUAACUUUUUCCACAUUUUGUUAUGUUACAGCCUUAUUAUAAAAUGGAUUAAAUUACAUAUGUUUUCUCAAUCUACACACAAUACCCCAUAAGGACAAAGCGAAAAAAAGGUUUGUAUACAUUUUUCUACAUGAAUUACAAUUUUUUUAAAACAUAUUUACAUAAGUAUUCAGACCCUUUGCUAUGAGAAGUCUUGAACCACCAAGCCUCUUCCUAGAGCUGGCCGCCCAGCAAAACUGAGCAAUCGGGAAAAGGGCCUUGGUCAGGAAGGUGACCAAGAACCCGAUGGUGACUCUAACAGAGUGCCUGAGUUCCUCUGUUUAAAAAUGGGAGAACCUUCCAGGAGGACAACCAUCCUUGCAGUACUCCCCCAAAUAGGCCUUAAUGGUAGAGUGUCCACGACUCAGUUAAAGGCACAUGACAGCCUGCUUUGAGAUUGCCAAAAGGGACUUAAAAACUCUCAGCCCAUGAGAAACAAGAUUCUCUGGGU